UUAGGACCCUGGCUGACACAGAUCCAGUUUCCUGGGCAGGCAGAUUAAAAAAAAAAAAAAAAAAAAAAAAAAGGAGAGAGAGGAAAAAAAAAAAAUUGUUUCCCUGCCUGAGCUUGGAUGUUUUCCUUUCGCUUUGUAAAGUUUUCCCUGUUGAGGCUCCAUUCCCUCGCCUCCUCUGGAACACGGCGGGACAGCGGCAGCCGGAGCGGGGCUGGCGCAGCCGGUGGAACCGGGAGCAGGGAAAGGGCAGCUCAUGUCCCUGCCGAGCCCCGCAUGGCCCCAACGAGACGAGCCUCCCCCCUGCGGCACUGCCACCGGCCUCCCACCGGCCUCGUCCGACAGCGACUCCGGCUGUGCCCUGGAAGAGUACCUGGAGCCCCCCGCAGACCCCGCGCCCCCCGAGGUCCCGCUGCGCUUCGGCCCCCGCUCGCCGCAACCUGCCUCUCCCGCCGACAGGAUCCGGCUCCGCACCAGAGCCCUCCUGCAGCAGCUGCCUCCUCAGGACUGCGAUGAGCGGUACUGCCCCGACCUUGCGGAGGAAGAGAAGGGACAGCUACGAGCCUUCAGCGCCCGACGGAGACGGGAGGCUCUGGGGCAGGGGCUGGCAUGUCCCGUGCCGGGUCCCUGCCACGGCUGUCCCUGCAAGAAGUGCGGCAGGAGGCUGAACAAAGGGGACCCGGGGAUUUCAGCAUCUCGGCUGGGGGACCACUUCUGGCACCCGUCCUGCUUCUCCUGCCACUUCUGCCACCAGCUCUUGGUGGAUCUCAUCUACUUCCAGCAGGAUGGGAGGAUCUACUGCGGCCGGCACCACGCCGAGCUCUUCCGACCCCGCUGUGCCUCCUGCGACCAGCUGAUCUUCAUGGAGGAGUGCAUCGAGGCGGAGGGCCGCCGCUGGCACCCGGAGCACUUCUGCUGCCUGGAGUGCGACGUGCCCCUGCGCGGGCAGCGCUACGUGAUGAAGAGCGGCCGGCCCUGCUGCUGCGACUGCUUCGAGAGCCUUUUCGCCGAGCCGUGCCAGGCCUGCGGGGACCCCAUCGGUGCCGACAGCGAGGAGGCCACCCACCAAGGGCUCCACUGGCAUGCCCGAGCCGCCUGCUUCUGCUGCAGCCUCUGCCGAAAGCCGCUGCGUGGGCAGCCCCUCACCUCCCGCCACGGCCGGCUCUUCUGCUCCGAAACCUGCAGCCUGGGGCAGGAUGCCUCCUCCACUGCCUCCGACUCCUCGGACUCGGCUUUCGCCUCGGCUCCGUCCCCCGACUCGACGCCCCUCUCCCGAGCCGGCCCCGCCGGCAGGACCGCGCCGGGGACAGGCAGCAGCACCUCGGAGGCCGGGGGCUGCAGGCAGCGGGUGGAAGGGGCAGAGGCUUUUUCGGAUCAGGCCCCUGUGCAUCCUGCCUUCAGGAGCCUGGAGGACCACGGAGCAGCUGCUAAGGAGCGGAGCAGGGAUGCUGUGCACACAGGGGUGCUGGGACCACCAGCUGGCCACCCCUCCACCCCCCAGCCCAGCGCAGAGGGUCCCGAUGAGCCUGGAGCCUUGGGCCACCCUGUUUCAGGGGGCCCUGACCCCCGAACACCCACGGGCAACGGAAACCCACAUUUUCGAGCGGGCACAUCCCCUGCCCGACAAAGCCCACAGCCAGAGGACAUCGACCUGCAGGACGUCACAGAAGAGGAUGACUCCUGGUGUCCUACCUGCUCUUCAUCUUCGGACUCAGACUCAGAGGAAGAGGGUUUCUUCUUCGGGAAGCCCAUCCCCAAGCCCGGGAUGAGUUCCCUGGGCAGGGAGCCCCUGGGGAGAGCCGGGGGCAGGACGGCCAAGCGGCGGGGCAGCAGCAAGCACUGCAGCGUGUCCUAGCAGUGGGAACUUGGGGCGGGGGGGGGGGGGUCCUCGACCAGCACUGCCAGUCCCUGCCGGGUUCUGCCAGUCCCUGCCACAUCCUGCCAGCCCCUGCCAUGGUCUCAACACGUUCCAUGCGCAUUUUGGACGCAGCCCAAGGCCGGUGGGGAGAAGCCACGGGGAUCCUUUCCCCCCCUGCAGCAAGCUGCUGGCAAAGCACAGCCUGCAAUUCCUGCUGGCCUCUCCCGCAAUUAGGAACAGGUAAAGCAGGUAGGGAGCAGAGAGCCGGCAGCCCGCCCCAGGGCUCCCAUCUUGGACAAGGAGGCAGCCCCGGAGAGCAGCCCCACACGAGGGGGGGUGGCCGGGGGGUUUAGGACAAGGGCAGCUGCCUGCACUGUCCCAUGGCAGGGGACCCAGGGGGACAGGAGGGGUGCUGGCUGCCAGGGUCGGAUCCUUCCCUGGGACACGUUCUUGAAGGAUGAACGCCACUGCCAGAUGUCCUCCAUCUCCGGUGGCACCAUGU